UGAGUGGAGUGCCAUAGAAAAAGAAAUGGGUGAUGGACUGCAGAGUGCUGGUCAUCAUAUGGAUGUUGAGUGGAGUGCCAUAGAAAAAGAAAUGGGUGAUGGACUGCAGAGUGCUGGUCAUCAUAUGGAUGUUGAGUGGAGUGCCAUAGAAAAAGAAAUGGGUGAUGGACUGCAGAGUGCUGGUCAUCAUAUGGAUGUAUAUGCAUCUUCUAUUGAUGAUAUUUUGGAAGAUGAAGAACAUUAUGCGGAUCAGUUAAAGGAGUAUCUUUUUUAUGCAGAAGCAUUGCG